UGAAAAAAUAGAUAGAUAAUAAAACCAAGUGUGGUGUGGUGUGGUGUUUUCCAUGGUUGAUGAGAGCUUUAGCCUGACCCUCCCUUACCCUCUUCUCUCUUUCAUUCCUUCCUUCCUUCUCCACUACCAUCAUCACUAGCAUACUUAUACUAAUUCCUACACCAACUUGGCUCAAGUCUUAGAAAAGCUUUUUCUUUACUGUAUAUAAAUUUCCACCAAUCAUAUCAUUUCAUUACCUGAUCAACAAUCCUCUCUCACACACCAAUUAUUAAACCACCCUUUUACCGUUAUGCUCUGUCUGUUACUUACAAAUAUGUUUUUCACUUUUUGAAGAUUCGUUAGGCAAUUGAUAUUUUGGAUGGAUGGCUUGUACUGACUGACUUCAGCAUACACGUGUUGGUGCACGAUGAAAUUUGUUACCAAGAAGGGAGUAACUUCUAAAGUGUCAUCAUUUAGUUUGAAAGGAAAAUCAACGCCUUGCUUUUGUUUAUUCCCAAAAGUUAAAUCUGGAUAUGGGCCAGGAAAGUCGCCGGUUUAUCUCAAUGUGUAUGAUUUAACACCCAUAAACGGCUAUGCUUACUGGGCUGGAUUUGGCAUCUUUCAUUCCGGUGUGGAAGUUCAUGGUAUAGAAUAUGCAUUUGGUGCUCAUGACUAUCCGAGUAGUGGUGUCUUUGAGGUUGAACCUAGGCAAUGCCCGGGGUUUAAGUUUAGGAGGUCAAUUUUAAUUGGGACUACGUGUCUGGACCCAGUCCAGGUCAGAGAGUUCAUGGAACAUCAUGCUGCUAACUACUAUGGUGACACGUAUCAUCUUAUUGUCAAAAACUGCAACCAUUUCUGCAACGACAUCUGUUACAACUUAACAGGGAAGCGAAUCCCAGGAUGGGUUAAUCGACUUGCUAAACUCGGUUCAAUAUUUAGCUGUGUUUUACCAGAAGCCCUUAGAGUUUCAGCUGUGCAACACGAUCCUCAUUUUGUACCAUACGAGAACGAGAAACAAAAGCUUAGAAGCAAUAGUAGCUUUAGUUUCCUAUCAUCAAGGCAAAGACAAUUGUCGGUUUCUUCUUUGCUUCUACAAUCUCCAUUAAAGGGUUGCUUACGGCCUUGGGAAUUAAGGCGAUCCAGAACUGUGGUGCUAAAUGACGGGUAAAAUAAUGGAAUAUUUCGUUGCUUAAAGAAUGUCCAUUUCGUAUUUUAUUUCUUCUUUGUAUGCUCUGGAAUCUCGUAAAUAAGCGGUUGCUGAGUGUAUGUUAGCUUAUGAGUAGGUUUAUUACAUCAAGUUAAAUGAAGCAAGACCUAGGGAGAAGAAUGGUGGUAUAUGCAGUAGAUAAGUUAGGCAUUCUUGCAUCAUUAUAUUAAAUGGGGCAAGGCCGCCGUAAGGGUAACUUUUAUAUUUAACCUGUGUAUUUUCUUUGUAACAAUUUUCUUAAACAAAAAACGAUGCUAUAAAUGUUAUACGUUGGUGUUUUGUUCCAA